CGCGAGCGGCUGGUGGAGUGGGGCUCCAGGAACAAUGAAAAUGAGUUUCAGGCUGUGAGAGUAUCUCAGAUUGAAGAUGUUUAGAUCUAGAUCUACCAGCCCAGCAGGGGAAUUCCUUGUGUCUACAACUGAAGCGCGCAAUUAGAUCCAGUUCUUUUUUUAAUUGGAUAAAUGCAACGAAAUAGUCAUUAUGUAUUUGCUGAGAAUUUUUGUUUUCACAGUUACAUCGAGUUUAUUUCAAGUGCUUAUUUUUACUAGUGGUGAAGUGACAGAUUUUGAAAAAGCUUUUACUAAUCACGAUGAAGUCUUUCUGUCUGGGGAGUUCCGGACACCUCGAAACACAAAAAAACCGUUUCUCUUGCUUCAGGCCACAGGAAAAACUAGCAGAAGAAAAUUAGAACUGAGUGUAGACUACAGACAACCUCAAGUGAUACUAGCUUUAACAGAUGUUGAUGGUCGUGACUACUUAUUAAGUUUCCCAACUCAAGCUCUUCACACAGGAAACAGGACCAAAUUGUUGAUGUCCUUUUCCAAGCUGUCCCAGCCUUACAAUAGUCUGAGUUUAUUUGUAGACUGUAUGGAUAUGGGGGUGGACCAAACAGAGGUUCAGUUGAGGAGAAUAUUUUCUUCCGAUUUAACUAUGAAAAUGACGUCAGCCUUUCAGUGGCAUGUUGGUACUACAGUUAAAGACUUGUUUAAACAGAUGGGUUGUCCAGAGAGCGAAUUGGAAGAACCCAUGACAACACAAAGCCCGACUCUAAAAAUACCGUCAUGGUCAAGACAAGGACUGGCCACACAUCGAAGGAUACCAUCAGACGAGGACUACAUUCCAGCCCAAGCAGCAAGAGAGAGUCAGCCAGCAGUUCAGGAAGAAACAAAUAGAACAGAUCGACAGCAGGGAGAAAGUGAUGGGGCACGAAACGUCAGUCACAGAGAAACAACAACAGAAGCUCCACAGAGAACAUCCCGUAGAACUCAAACUACAGAUUCCAACAGCAGGCAACAGUUUGAGCAAGCGCGUCCUAAUCUUUCUUCAGUUGUUCCAUCUGUACAGACUACAGAGACUCAGUAUUUGGAAGCGUCCCUGAAAGAAGUCACAAGAGCACUAGUAGAAUUACGUCAAGAUUUGAAACUUCAGAUGCAAGAGACUCGAGCCCUGAAAGAGAUUUUGUUGUCGUGUGACUUGUGCCGUCCUCCAAAUACAGAAACGGAAAGCCCACUAAAGGUACCAGUGACAAAAUGCUCGUCCAAUCCAUGUUUUUCUGGUGUUCGAUGCCUGGAUACCGAAGAAGGUUUCAGGUGUGGCUCUUGCCCUAGAGGCUACACUGGAAAUGGAAUAACUUGUGUUCGUGUUACGUUGUGUGCAGAUAACCCUUGUUAUCCUGGGGUGAGAUGUAUUGACACUGAUAGAGGAUACCGAUGUGGUGCUUGUCCACCUGGAUACACUGGGGACGGAACAAGACGUGGAUGUAGCCCGGAGAACCCAGAGUACUGUAGUUCACGGCCAUGUUUCACGGGUGUUGAGUGCCAAGAGUUACCUGGCGGCUACAGGUGUGGGCCUUGUCCCCCUGGAUACACAGGAAAUGGAACAAGAAGAGGAUGUCAACCAGAGAAUCAGCUGUACUGUAACUCACGGCCAUGUUAUCCUGGUGUUGAAUGCCAGGAGUUACCUGGGGGGUACAGAUGUGGUCCAUGCCCUCCUGGAUACACAGGUGAUGGAACACGAAGAGGAUGUCAACCAGAGAAUCAACUGUACUGUAACUCACGGCCAUGUUUCCCGGGUGUUGAGUGCCAAGAGUUACCUGGGGGCUACAGGUGUGGGCCUUGUCCCCCUGGAUACACAGGUGAUGGAACAAGAAGAGGAUGUCAACCAGAGAAUCAGUUGUACUGUAACUCACGGCCUUGUUAUCCUGGUGUUGAAUGCCAAGAGUUACCUGGAGGCUACAGGUGUGGGCCUUGUCCCCCUGGAUACACAGGUGAUGGAACAAGAAGAGGAUGUCAACCAGAGAAUCAGUUGUACUGUAACUCACGGCCAUGUUAUCCUGGUGUUGAAUGCCAGGAGUUACCUGGAGGGUACAGGUGUGGGCCUUGUCCCCCUGGAUACACAGGGGAUGGAACAAGACGUGGUUGUCAUCCCGAGAGUAAGGCGCACUGUAGUUCAAAUCCUUGUUUUGCUGGUGUAGAGUGUCAAGAAGUACCAGGCGGCUACAGGUGUGGGCCUUGUCCCCCUGGAUACACUGGAAACGGCUCUUUCUGUCAAGAUAUAAAUGAGUGUGAACUCAGCCAACCAUGUCAUGCUCUAACUAACUGUGAAAAUCUCAGCCCAGGGUUUAGAUGUAGUCCAUGCCCUCCAGGCUAUACAGGAUCUGAAGUCCAAGGCAUUGGUUUACAAGCUGCUUCUACUGCCAGACAAGAAUGUCUAGAUAUCAAUGAGUGUGUAAAUGAAAACAAUGGUGGAUGUGUACCCAACUCUCAAUGUAUUAAUACACCAGGAUCUUUUCAAUGUGGACCAUGUCUAGAAGGUUACACUGGAAAUCAAGAGACUGGGUGUAAUAGCACUUCCAACACUUGUCCUGAUGGAACCAAAUGCCAUGCUAAUGCCAAAUGUAUAAGAAAAAGAGGAAUAAGUGGAUUUGUCUGUCAGUGUACCAUUGGCUUUGCUGGAGAUGGGCAGUUGUGUACAAGAGAUACUGACCUGGAUGGUUUGCCAGAUAUUGAACUAUCUUGUCCAGACAGACGAUGUAGGAAGGAUAACUGUGUUUUUGUACCAAACAGUGGCCAGGAAGAUGCAGAUCGAGAUGGUAUUGGAAAUGCUUGUGAUGCUGACAUGGACAAUGAUGGUAUACCAAAUAGUCCAGAUAAUUGUCCACUGGUUGCAAACCCUGAACAAAAAGACACAGAAAGGGAUCCUGACAAGAGAGGAGAUGCUUGUGACAACUGUCCUACAGUACCUAACCCAGAUCAAACUGAUACUGAUACUGAUGGCAUGGGAGAUAACUGUGAUCCAGAUAAAGACAAUGAUGGUAUACUUAAUGAAGAUGACAACUGUCCAUUAGUACCUAAUCCUGACCAGAUUGAUACAGAUUCUGAUACGAUAGGAGAUGCUUGUGAUAAUUGUCCUUCUUUAGCUAACGUUCAACAGCUUGAUAGCGAUCAUGAUUUAGUUGGAGAUUUAUGUGACACUAAUGAUGACAGAGACAGGGAUGGUGUUCAAGAUAACAGAGACAAUUGUCCAGACAUUGCCAAUGCUGACCAGAAAGAUACAGAUAAUGACAAAAUAGGUGAUGCUUGUGAUGAUGAUGAUGACAAUGACAAUAUUGUAGAUUCUGACGAUAAUUGUGUUUACAUUUAUAACCCUGACCAGGAAGAUACUGACAAGGAUGGUAAGGGAGAUGUUUGUGAAACAGACUCUGAUGGGGAUGGUUAUGAUGACCCAGUAGAUGUAUGUCCAGAUAAUGGAAAAAUAUAUGCCACAGAUUUCCGAGCCUAUCAGACUGUGAUACUAGAUCCAGUUGGAGAUUCACAGAUAGACCCAAAUUGGAUUGUGCUUAAUGAUGGAGCUGAGAUUGUACAGACAAUGAACAGUGAUCCAGGUUUGGCUGUCAGCUACAAUUCCUUUUCUGGUGUAGACUUCAGUGGCACAUUUUUUGUUAACACUGAAGUGGAUGAUGAUUAUGCUGGAUUUGUUUUUUCAUAUCAAGACAGCAGUAAGUUUUAUACUGUGAUGUGGAAGAAACAUGCCCAGACUUAUUGGCAAGCUGCUCCAUUUAGGGCUGUGGCUGAACCUGGCAUUCAACUGAAGUUAGUGAACUCUGACACUGGGCCUGGUCAAAUUAUGAGAAAUGCUUUAUGGCAUACAGGGGACACAGAUAAUCAGGUGAAAUUAUUAUGGAAAGAUCCCAGAAAUGUUGGUUGGAAAGAAAAAACAGCAUACAGAUGGGAGUUAAUUCAUCGACCAGCUAGAGGAUUGAUUAGAGUUCUACUUUUUGAAGAAACUGAAUUAGUGGCAGAUUCUGGCAAUAUUUAUGACAGUACUUUGAAAGGUGGCCGUCUGGGUGUGUUCUGUUUCAGUCAAGAAAUGAUUAUCUGGUCAGACUUAGUCUACAGGUGUAAUGAAUUUAUUCCCAAGGGUUUGUUGGACGACUCUAACAGUUCAAGUGAUGAUAUUUAUGAUUAUUAGUUGGUUUGUACAUCAAACAAGUUGAAAUGCUAUCAAAUUAUGACAUUUUUUUAGUUAUGCUUUUAGCUGCACUGUUUUUGAUUGUUUAGCUAAAGACAAAUCCAUAGUUCCAUCAUGUAUUUGUGCUUCAAUAGAAUAGAUUUUAAAGCAUACAUAAUAUUUAUAAUAAGAAAAGGAAAUAAGUCGAUUGCUGAAAAUUCCUACCAUCAAAAAAGACUAAAAAUAGUUGAAAAUUUUGGUACAAAACAAACUUAGGUUUGGUAUUCUUCAGUUCUUGUCUUCACAAUUUUUAUUAGUUAAUGAAUUUUUGUUUUCAACAGCAAGAAUAUUUAGUAUAGAAAUCAGACUUUUUGUUGACCUAUUUUACAGCUUGUUAUAAACUUCAUUUAAAACUUAAGCACAACUUCUGUUUCAACUUUUUAACAAAUCAUUCAGUUGUUCAUAUUAUAAAUUGUCUUCAUGUGUUUAAGUAAAAUAACUGAUAUGAAUGUAUUGCUAUAAUCAUGUUACUUUGUUGUAUAUAGUUUCUAAAACUACUUCAAUACCAUUCAACAUUUCUUUAAUUAUCAUGUCUGCUAUGUUUUACUAUUUAGAUUUAAGCUUUUGUAAAGUGUGUCUCAGAUUUGAUUGAAAUAAAGAUUUGAAACAAA